AUGGUCGACGUUUACGACGUCCGCCGGAGGUGCGCUCAAGCCGCAGCGCUCGCCGACGCCGCAACCCAAGCACUGCCUCGACCCUCGCAGCAGUACCACCAGCAGGUCCAGCAACAGCGGCUGCACCGCUCCACCUCGGCGCCGCAGCAGUACUACCAGCACCAGGCCCCUUCUUCCCGCUCGCUGCCGCAGCCUAGCAGCAGCCAGCAGCAGCAGCAAGGAGGAGGAGCACAACAGCCAGGGCAAUCGCCCCCGCAGCAGCAGUACACCUACCAGCAGCACCAGCAGCACCGCGCGAACCUGCUCCGUUCGAACAGCGUCACCAACGGCAGCGGUGCCGGUAACAGCAGCUACGUCAACGGCGCCUUUUCGACCCCGCUCCGCGCCGACAACACGUUCCUGAACAUGACCAACACGACGCAGAGCUACCCGCUGCACAUCAAGGGCGUGCCCUACGCCACCACGUCGCGCCUGCAGACGCUGGAUAUUUGCUUGCCGCGUCCGCUGAGCGAGAGCCCGAAGGAUGCCGUUUGGGUCGUCUACAUCCACGGCGGCGCCUGGCGCGACCCCCUCGUCAGCUCGGCCUCCUUGACGCCCGCCGUCCACCACCUCCUCUCCUACACCCCCACCUCAGCCGCCUCCUCCCCCGGCGGCAGCAUCACCAGCACCACCUCCACCUCAUCCAGCAGCAGGCGCACCCUCUCGCACAUCGCCGGCUUCGCCUCCAUCAACUACCGCCUCAGCCCCUACCCGCAGCACCCGACCGCCCCCUCGCUGUCCCCCACCACCAGCAUCCCCGCCCGCCACGAGGGCCGCAACGUCACGCACCCCUCGCACGUCUCCGACACCGCCGCCGCCAUGCGCUGGCUGCGCGCCGAGUAUGGCGUCGGCGGCGAGUCUGGCCCGGACGGCCCUCCCGCGCGCGACUGGGUCGUCGUCGGGCACAGCUGCGGCGCGACGCUGGCGUGCCAGCUCGUGGCGGACGGCUGGCUCGACGGCAGCGAGUUCGACAAGGUGGCGGCGCCGGUCGGCAUCGUCGGCCUGUGCGGCCUGUACAACCUGCCGCUCCUCGCCGAGAACCACGCCGACUGCCCGGCCUACGAGGAGUUCUUGCAGGCCGCCUUCGGCGGCGACGAGAGCGUCUGGCUCCGCGCCAGCCCGACGCAGCUGGCGCAGAAGCUCGGCGAGGACAGGUGGCAGAAGGGACGGUGUGUGGUCCUGGCGAGCAGUCCGGAUGAUGAGCUGGUCGAGGCGAUGCAGAGGGAUGUCAUGGUCAGGGCGUUGGAGGAGAGGGGGUGGGUCAGGCGGGAGGAAGGGGGCGGCCCGGAUGGGAGGGAGCUGGUGCUGGUCGAGUUGGAUGGCAGGCACGAUGAUGCGUGGAGGGAGGGCAGGAGCGUCGCGAAGACGAUUGAGGUCGUUAUUGGGAGGUUGUUUGAGACGACGCCGAAGGAGGGGGGGUUCUUUUGA